AUGCCGCGGAGGUUUUCGAACACCUAUUUUGCCAACACCUUGGCCACGGACACCUUCCGCGAGUCGCAGGAUUGGUUUCAGCAUGAGCGGGGCAAUGCCAUUGAAAUGAGGACGCCACGGUAUUCUCCAAGUCCAUCCCCUCGUCGGCAAGGCCUCUUCGACAGUCCGGCUGGGGCGUCACCGGGAGCUAUGCGACGAUGUAUGUCUGAGCGUGGCCUUGUCAAACCACAGGAGAAGCCAGUGAGCCUCUUUAACCGUGACGAGCCGUUCUGGACCAGCCCUCGGUCGCCGCGGAGUUGGAAGGCAGAUCAUCCUGCAAGUGCGGCACGCGGCAGGUCUACCGAGACAUUGCUGCCCUUGAAGAUGAGGGAACUCAGCCCACGCGACACAUUGCAGGAUCGGCCUCCUGCCGGUAGGUCGAAGAGCCCCACCUUCGACGUGUCCGAAAACUGGAUGGCGUGGUCGAGACCGCCAGAGCCUGUGUCUCCGAGAUGCGAUCGCAACAUGCCGCCAGGGCCGCAGGAAAGAGUCCCGUCCUCCAAUUUCCAGAGCCCUGUGCGGCGGAUGCACAGUGGCAAAAUCACUCGCAACUCUGAAAACUGGUUGCGCAAUGUGACAGAUGGCCAGGAUGCCAAGCCUUUGCCUCCAAUGAUUGCCAACAGCGAGAACUUCCACAUCUCUCGUGGCAAGAAGACUGGGAUCUACAAGGAUCUAGACAUCGCGAAGCACCUGGUUCGCUUUGAAGCUGACAGGGUGCCAGCUGCUCCAUUGAGCCAUCGAAGGCAUGACUUUGCAGAUCAUCCGCAGGCAGUGAAGCAUAUGGAAGAGUUGAGGACAUUGAGUCCACGGAGGAUUGCAGAGGCUGCCCGGGCGGAUCUUACAAGUCCAGGCCGUCAUAAAUCUGUUGCUGCAGAUUUUGGGCACCGGACGAGUGGAGAGAUGGCUGCUGCGGUGCAGCCUGAGCUGAGCCCCAGGGCUGCUGGUGCUGAGAAAUAUGUGGUGGGCGAUGAGAUCUUCGACAUGGAAAACAACGGCCGGCGGAAGACCGAUCUGCGAAAGGCGAGCAUCCGGCACCACAGCAACUCGGAUGUCGUCAAAGAUCAUCUGCAACCGUCGCCCUUCACAUCAGCCAUCCCAGGGUCGAAAGAAGAGGCUGAAAGACGUGUUCACGUCUAUGGCGACUUCUCGGUGACACCUGCCACCAUGCCCAAAGACACCGCCUACAUCCACUCUGGCCUGAAGGUGGUCAAGUAUCAAACCCGUUCUCCCGGCACGGCGCGUUCCAGCCCUGCAGAUGAUCCGCAGUCCAAGGUAAAGCCCAAAGAGGCGAACACACACUGCGGCCCACCUGCGACUGAUGCCGGCUGCGCAACACGCGUAGAAAGCAGGUCUUUGGGAGCUGUGGGCUACAGCUGGGGCUUUCUUUUGUCCUCGCCGGCCGAUGCUGAGUAUGAUAUGACCCCGGCUGCAAGUUGGGGCAUUGAAGGAGACCAGCAUUUUCUGCCAGAGCCAGAAGCACUACUGGUAGACAAGGAAGACGGUGAGCAGCGUGCAGAAGCAACAACAAACACUUGGACACGAGAAAGAAAGACACCCCGAAGCCAUACCUGUGACCUGCAAAAACAUCAACAACGCAAUGCGGACAACACCACAAACCUGAAGAAUCAAUUUCUUGCCGGGUCAAGUAGACCUGUUUUUCCUUUCAGCAUCCUGGCAAAGCGACAUUUGACCCAUUUGACCAAUGAUGGGAGUCGGGAGUGGCUUCAGCAUGACAGCCUUGGCCGACUAGUCGCCUUGGCGUCCUUUCGAAACCUGGCCUCAGUGCAGCGGCCCAUGUUCUGGGACCUCAAUGUUGCCUGGGAUCCCAAACGCGCUGCGGCCUCGGCAGACUUGGCGCUCAGGUUUGGUUUCGCUGGCCUUGCAUACAACGUGACCUUGCAAGGGCAACAGCUGCUGGAGCUGCAGGAGCAUCGGCUGGUUGAGGUGCUCUCCAACUUGCAGGUCCUCAAAGUCUUCAAUGCAGGACUGAAGGAGCUGCCGACAUCUUUAUGGAACUGCCGGCAACUGCGGCAGUUGGAUGUGGGAGGCAAUCCCCUGGGCGAGAGCUUCCCUGGGGCUGCUGUGGCUGCACAUUUGCAGCAGCUGGAGAUCUUGUUUGCCUCCAAAAUUGGAAUGAAGGAUUUGCCAAAUCUUUCUGAAUGCCAAAAGCUUCGGAUGGUAGGCAUCAAGGACAACCAGCUGACUGUUUUGGAUGGCAAAUUGUUACCGGAGACAACCGAGUGGCUGAUUGCAGCGGGGAAUCAGAUCAGUUCGUUGCCAAACAUUGGGCGACUGAAGAAGGUGCGUAAGUUGAUGUUGAGUCACAACCAGCUGACCACGGCCACCUUGGCGCCGGUCGCGGAGAUCGAGGGCUUGGAGAUGAUCCGAGUCGCGGCCAACCGCCUGGAGGCCUUUCCGGAGCCCUUGUUGACACACAAGCGCCUUGCCUGGGUGGCGCUGGGUGCAAACCCCAUGGCGGAAGAAGCUUUGACAAGGCACCUCGCAGCUGGUUUUCGGAGUCUGGACUUCAAGGAGGUUCAGAUGGGAGAGAAGUUAGGGAGCGGUGCUGGAGCCACUGUCUACCAGGGCCAAUGGCAGGGCAGGACGGUGGCCGUGAAGCUCUUCGACGCCGAGACGUUUUCAGACGGCACAGCGCUCUCCGAAUGGGCCGCCAACCGCGUGGCCUCGCAGCCGGGCCACCCGGCGCUGGUGCAGGUGCUGGGAACUUUUGAGGAUCCCCGUGGCAUGGUCCUGGAGCUUCUUCAGAACGCCAAGGCUGCGGCGAGUCCUCCCAGCUUCGCCACGGUGACGCGUGAUGCCCUGCCGUGCCACGGGGCGCCCGGCGUGCUCUACGCGCCGAAGGCGGCGCGGCAGAUCGCGGCGCAAGUCAGUGCGGCGGCGGAAUAUUUGCACAGCAAAGGUCUGAUGCAUGGAGACAUUUACCUCCACAACACCCUGGUGAUCCGCGAUGCAAAUGCCACAUCGGCCACCGUCAGCGACGUUCGACUUUCGGAUUUUGGUGCCUGUGCCGCCGUGGAUGCACCCGAGCUGCGCAGGUUGGAAGUUCGAUCCUUUGGAUGGCUGUUGCAAGAUCUCUUGGAAUGUCAUGCGGAGCCAGAGACCCCGGAGGACGCCAAGAUCCUGGAGUUGAUGAAGGAGUUGCGUGCCAGUUGUGGUGCUGAGGAUCCCAAUGAGCUGCCAAGUUUCAAAGAACUGCGGGAGAAAUUGGCUUGA